CGGGCACGCGCCUGACGUGGCGCGCCGCGGGCCGAGGGAGCGCCAACGGCUGCCAACGGCUGCCAGGGGCCACGCGUGGGGCGGGCGGUGGCGCCGGCCCGUGCAAGAGGUCGGGGGCCGGGAGGCUGCGAGAAGACUUUUCCCUGUAGUGUUACUCACAAACAGCUCUAGGCGUCGUACUCUUUUUGACAGGUUCAGAUUUUAAACAGCGCCUUUUGCCCAUGCUUGCAACUGCGGCACAAAAUGUUUGAGGUUAAGCAGAGGAAAAGAGGUAUUUCUUCUUCCAAGCCCAACGAGGAUUCACAAAAGGCUGAGAAGGACAGUAAUCAUGGGAAGCUGCUAAAUCCCAGGAUCAGUAAUAAUCAGAGUUUCUCUUGGAUAGACUCACGGACAGCCUUUAGCCUAGUUUCCCUUGCCAUUUGCCUGGUGCUGACCUGGUUCCUAUUUCAGCAGUCAAGUCAAUUUGCUAAUAUGGAGAAAAAGUAUAGUUUCUUACAGCAAGAAGCUGAAAAGUUUCUGGACAUGGAAAAUAAAGUUAACUUAAUUUCUGAAAAGCUUGAGUCUUCUGAAAGUAUCCUACGUGAAGCUACCUUCUCCAUUUCUGUGGUGACUGAGUUUGAGCAGGAAAUACCUUCUCUUCGUAACAUCAUACAUGAUAUUCAGAACAGUGAACAAACUUUCUCUAUAAAGAUGCAGAGCAUUAAUGAGAAGUUCCAAAAUAUUACAGAUUCCUGGAGAAGAAGCUUGGAUGAAAUGAACACAAACACUAGUGGUUUAAAAUCUGAAGCAAAAUUCAUACAUUCAGAAGUUACUUCCCAAAUUAAUGAAGCUGACCAGAGAAUUAAAUCCCUUUCUGAAAGAUUAAAAGAUUCAGAAGACAGUACAGCUAGAAAUAUUAGAACUGUAAAAAGGCAAGAAGAUGAUGAGUUCUCUAGAGUUGAACAGCAGUUGGAUUUGCAUACAAAGGCAGUUGAAAAACUAGAAGAAGAACAGAAUAGCCUGUUAGCCAAAGAUACAGACCUGAAACAGAAGUUUAAAGACUAUGAACCCAAAAUUGAGGAGUGCAAGAGCCAUUUGCCAACAAUUGAAAAUGCUAUUCACUCCAUCCUUAGAUUGUCAAGUGAAUUGCUAAGUAUGGAGAAAAAGAUAGAGGACUUGACAACACAGCUAUAUACUAUGGAAAAUGAUAUGUUGAAAACUGUCUCUCAUACAAUGGAGAUGCAAAAGGUUCUUGAAGGCAUGAAGUAUGAUGACAACAUACUGAAACUUCAAAAUAAAGUAGUGGUUUUAGAAGAAGUACUACCUGACAUAGAAGUAUCUUCAAAUACAAAAGAAAUCACUAUUGAAGACCAUAACUUAGAAAAUGAUUAGAGUGAGGAUAAUAUGUUAAUUUGGACUCAGGGUUUUCACUGAUGGAAAAACACUUUAAUCAGUAUAGACAAUGUUUAUAAUAAGUAAUAAUCAAGAGGGCUGGCUAUCAUACAUUAAGGAUAGCUGAAUAUUAUCAUCAGUUUCAGUGGGCAAUGGAUCAGACUUAAAUGAAAAUUUGUAAUAGAGAGGAUAGAGAGCAAGAUAGACCAACUUGGACGAGGCAAGAUUUUUUUUAAAAGAAAUAAGGAUUAUUUUCAACAUACUGAAAGUUCAUUUUUAUUAAAAUGGAUUUUGAAGCAAAGUAUUUAGAUAAGAAAUAAAAAUUAGAAUCAGAUUGAGAAUUUUAGUUAAUUUUCCCUGGCUUUUAUAUUGUUAUGUUUUAUUGUUCUAUUCCAUGGACUUGUAGCACCAUGAAUAAUUAAGUACUUAUCUCUAAGCAGAUAUACAUUGUAGAUUGCUUUUAAUGUAUUAUAUACCAAAUAUUUGUUUGUGUUUACAGUACAUACUUUUUAGUGUCAGAAUUAUUAGUGGAACCUCCAUAUUUUAUUAUGCGGUAGUGCAUUUCUAACAGCUUAUGCUGAAGUUUAGCUACAACAGCAUUGUACAACAGAAAGUGCUACCAAAAUACCCCUUACUGAUAACCCUUUCUUGUAACUUAUAUUUAUGAAUGAGGAGUUACAUAGCAGCUGGUAUUAUCUUGCAUUUUUUGACCCUAUGCAAAUGACCUCAUAACAGCACACUUUUGCCAUUCCCUUCCUAAAAUCACUGUCAUUUUGGUCCUCAGACCAUGUAUGGACUGAAGUUCUUACUAACAGAUAUUCCUGUUAGUGUUCUUCCAUUGUUUCAUUUGCAUUUGGUGGGAUCAGUCACUUUAUUAGAUCUUCUGUACAAUUAGAAACAAGUUUUAACCUUCUGUUCUGUGGGAUGUUCUCUGUUAGGCGUUCCCCAACAUGUGUGGUAUUACUUUGCAUUCCAAACUGAAAAAAAAAAAAUGUUAACGGUGUCCUCUAACAUUUCCCAAACUUUGUUCAACUAAUAAUUGUAAAAGCAAUUAGUGGAAGCUCUUGAGUCAUAUACUUUCACUGUUAAAAAAAAACAUAGUUUAUUCACAGAUCUACUUACACCAGAAAUAAUACUACAUAACAGGCCUUCAAUCUAUAGCUGUACAUUGAAAUUUGGAUCUCAAGACUGUGUCUACAGAUUUACAUCUUGAUUAUUUCCAAUUUCUCAUUUCUGAAUUCAGAAAAAUAAAUUGGUUGGUAGAUAGUAUGAACUCCUUGUGAAUUAGUUAGGUCUGAAUUAAAUUAAUUUUUUGUAUAUUCAUUUAUCUAGAACUCUAU